UGAUGUCGCGUUUAUUGUGCUUCGAUUGUCAAAAUAUUUUCAGACACGCACGUAAUGAGGAAGAUAUAAAGUGGAUUUUAGUGUAAUUUCAGUGGAAUAUUGAGUGAAAUUGUAUCUGCAAGUGUUGCUUCAACAAUGUCCGAGUCUUAUGAUUACCUGUUCAAGUUUCUCAUAAUUGGAAGUGCUGGGAUUGGAAAAUCUUGCCUGCUUCACCACUUCAUCGAGAGCAAGUUCAAAGAUGACUCUUCGCACACAAUUGGCGUGGAAUUCGGAAGUCGCAUCGUGAAUGUGGGUGGAAAAUCGGUGAAGCUUCAGAUCUGGGACACUGCUGGUCAGGAGAGAUUCCGCUCUGUGACGCGCUCGUACUAUCGCGGAGCCGCUGGGGCACUUCUGGUGUACGACACCACGUCCAGGGAAUCCUUUAACGCUUUGGCCAACUGGCUGAACGACGCCCGUACUCUGGCCAGUCCCAACAUUGUGAUCCUGCUGGUGGGUAACAAGAAGGACCUCGAGGAGGAGCGCGAGGUGACUUUCCUGGAGGCGAGCACGUUCGCGCAGGAGAACGAGCUCAUCUUCCUGGAGACGAGCGCCAAGACGGGCGAAAAUGUCGAGGAGGCCUUCCUCAAGUGCUCCAAAACCAUCCUGGCGAAAAUUGAGACCGGCGAACUUGACCCGGAACGCAUCGGAAGUGGCAUUCAAUACGGCGAUUCCGCCCUGCGCAAUCUCCAGACGCGACAGCGAAUCUCCCGGACGCCGACGUGCGCCUGUCACACUUAAGUCA